GUGUGGAAUACAAUCACAGAUAAUAUAUCUCAGCCUAAAAAGCAAUUCCACACCUACGACUGGAAAGGCAUAGCAAUAUAUAUAUGAGAUAAGAGGAUAAAUAAGGGAAUCCUUCAAAUGGUAAGUUUCAAAGUAAAAGUGUUAUAGUAUGAUCUUGUCUGCCUUUUCUUGAAAAAGCCAAGAUCGUGGGUGUAACUGUUAUGAAAAGAUAAAAAGAUUCGUGAGAUCUUUCUUUCUUGUGACUUUUUCCUUCAACUAGGUUCCUACUUUAUGGCUUCUCUCUACUAACUAUAAAGUGAUUAUUCUAAAGCUAUUUAUAACCCUUCCUAGACAGUCAGUCCCCAUUCGGAUUCUCACAACCAUAUCAAUUGGUUCCCUCGGCCAUUCAAAGUCACACUAGCUUUUUCAUAAGAUCAAACCCUUUCCAAUACUCUCUCAUCUCUCAGAAAUCAAGGGGCCAUAUGAGCUAUCUACAUGCAUGCCUCCUUAGGAAAAGAACCAUGCUUAUAGUAAGAAGCAUCACCAUCUUGCUCCUCAGCUGCAUAGCCAUUAAGUUAGCUUGCUGCUUCUCUAGCAGCAUUUCUUCUUUGCAGGCCCUCCCCCUAGCAGGCAACUUGGAGUUUGAAGAUGUCCAUUACGCCUCCAAAGAUUUUGGAAAUCGAUACCAGCUGAUUCCUUUGGCGGUCUUACAUCCCAAAUCGGUAAGCGACAUAGCCACAACAAUUCGACACAUCUGGAUGAUGGGACCUCAUUCACAGCUUACAGUGGCAGCAAGAGGUCGUGGACAUUCACUCCAAGGCCAAGCACAAACAAGACAUGGGAUUGUUAUACGCAUGGAAUCCCCCCAUCCCAAGAAGCUGCAGGUCCACAGUGUGGAUGUUCCCGCUCCAUAUGUUGAUGUGUGUGGUGGUGAGCUGUGGAUUGACAUAUUGCAUGAGACCCUCAAGUACGGGCUUGCACCAAAAUCAUGGACAGAUUACCUACAUUUAACUGUAGGUGGCACUCUUUCCAAUGCUGGAAUCAGCGGCCAGGCAUUCCGACAUGGACCACAAAUCAGCAAUGUUCAUCAACUAGAGAUCGUCACAGGAAAAGGCGAGAUCCUAAACUGUUCAGAGAGGCAGAACAGCGACUUAUUCCAUGCUGUUCUUGGCGGGUUAGGUCAGUUUGGCAUCAUAACACGGGCAAGAAUAGCAUUGGAAGCAGCACCAACCAUGGUAAAAUGGAUAAGAGUGUUGUACCAAGACUUCUCAGCUUUUACCAAGGACCAAGAGCGUCUGAUUGCUGCUGAUAACAAGUUGGAUUACAUUGAAGGGUUUGUGAUAAUAAACCGGACAGGCCUCCUGAACAACUGGAGGCUGUCUUUCACCCCAGAGGACCCUUUCAAAGCCAGCCAAUUCAAAUCUGAUGGAAGGACUCUGUAUUGUUUGGAAGUAGCCAAGUACUUCAAGCUAGAUAACAAAGAUGAAAUCAUCCAGGGAGUCAACGAAACAUUAAGUGAACUAAGCUACAUAUCGUCGACGUUGUUUACAUCGGAGGUAACAUAUGAAGCAUUCUUGGACAGGGUACAUGUGUCAGAGGUCAAACUUCGAUCGAAAGGUCAAUGGGAGGUUCCACAUCCAUGGCUGAACCUCCUGGUACCAAGAAGCACAGUGAAUGAAUUUGCAAAAGGAGUGUUCGGAAACAUCCUAACCGAUACGAGCAACGGGCCAGUCAUAGUCUACCCGGUGAACAAAGCAAAGUGGGACAAUCGAACAUCAGCAGUAACACCGGAGGAAGAGGUAUUCUACUUAGUGGCGAUCCUAACAUCGGCGGUUCCAGGCAACAAGGAUGGAGUCGAACACAUCUUGAAGCGGAACCAAAGAAUACUUGAAUUCAGUGAAGCAGCAGGGAUAGGGUUGAAGCAGUACCUGCCUCAUUACACAACGAGAGAGGAGUGGAGAUCCCAUUUCGGAUCCAAGUGGGAAGAGUUUGUCAGGAGAAAAUCUAGAUAUGAUCCCUUGGCAAUACUUGCGCCUGGCCAGAGAAUCUUUCAAAAGGCAACAGUCUCCUCUUACUCAUCAUCGUCAUCGUCAUCAUCAUCACCAUGACCCAGGCCAGGAACAUUGAUGGAACUGCUUCCCCAUUAGCGCUUUCUAGUAAAUACAUAUGUACGUAUAAACGAUGAAGACUGUACAUACUUAUUCCGAUGAUACGUAUAUAUAUUGGGAGGCCAAUUGCUUGCUACACUGACA